AUGAGGCAGUGGGCAGCGUGUGUGGGGACGUGGCUCCUGGUGGUGGUGGUGGUGGUUCUCGCAUCUCCCUUCGUCAGUAGUCACCCUUUGAAGCUUAAGAAUGCAGAAAAUUUGUCUUCAGCGCCUUCUGCAGGAGGGAACGUGGGAGAAAUACCCAUGAUUCACCCGCAGAAGGUGAUGGAGAUGUGGCAAAGGGCCGCGAACCUAGGGACCCCACGGAAACCAGUCAAACUCUACCCGAAGAAGUGGAAGGGGCCGAAGAAGACCUCGCCACUUCGUCAGGAGAAAAAGAACACGAAGAAGAACAAGAAAGGACCGCUCGUAGUAUUUCACGAACCGAAUCGUGAAAUGACCCCGCCAGUUCAUGAGUACCAGCCCCAUCUGAACCGUCAAUUUACGCACCCGGUUCACGAUUUCGAGCUGAAUCGUGAAAUGAUCCCCCCGGUUCUUGAGUUCGAAGCUUCACUACCUGUUGAACUCACUCCACCGGUUCACGAGUUCCAGCCAGAGAUGAACCGCGAACUGACUCCACCGGUUCAUGAAUUCCAGCUAGAGAUGAACCGCGAACUGACUCCACCGGUUCACGAGUUCCAGCCACAGAUGAACCGCGAAUUGACUCCACCGGUUCACGAGUUCCAGCCAGAGAUGAACCGCGAAUUGACUCCACCGGUUCACGAGUUCCAGCCAGAGAUGAACCGCGAAAUUACUCCACCGGUUCAUGAGUUUCAGCCAGAGAUGAACCGCGAACUGACUCCACCGGUUCAUGAAUUCCAGCCAGAGAUGAACCGCGAAUUGAUUCCACCGGUUCACGAGUUCCAGCCAGAGAUGAACCGCGAACUGACUCCACCGGUUCAUGAAUUCCAGCCAGAGAUGAACCGCGAAAUCACUCCACCGGUUCAUGAGUUCGAAGCUUCACUGCCUGUUGAACUGACUCCCCCUGUUCGUGAGUUCCAGCCACAGGUGAACCGGAGACUGGUUUACCCGGUUCAUGGAUUCAAGCACUUGUUAUCUCGUGAACUGACGCCCCCGGUUCACGAUUUCAAGAGCAUCGAACCGCGUUAG